AUGUCUAUCACCUCCAAUAUGAGCAUGUACUCGCUCACCCUGCAACCUGCUGGUGCCAUUACCCAUGCCAUCGUUGGAAACUUUGUCGCAAGCAGGCCCAAAGAGCAGCAAGUCGUCCUGGCUCAGGGUGAAAGACUGAGUCUGUUGACCAUUGACAAGGACACGGAUCAGGUUCGCACCAUCCUCUCACACAACGCCUUCGGCAUCCUGCGCAACUUGUCGUCCUGCAGAGUCCCCGGUACUCCUCGUGACUUGAUUAUCGUCUCCUCAGACUCCGGUCGUGUUUCGCUCCUGCAGUAUGAUGACGAGAAGAAUCGAUUUGAACGCGUCCAUCUCGAGACAUUCGGCAAGUCGGGCAUUCGUCGAACCAUCCCCGGUCAAUACCUCGCCUCAGACCCGCGUGGUCGAUGCUGCAUGUUCGCCUCUGUCGAGAAGAACAAGGUCGUGUACAUCCUCAAUCGCAAUGCAGAGCAACAGGUCACAAUUUCCUCGCCACAAGAAGUCAACCGUCCGCAGACAUUGACCUUCGAUAUCUGUGCUGUCGACACAAACUUCCAGAACCCCGUCUUCGCUGCUCUCGAGGUCGAUUACACAGACAGCGACCAGGACCCGACGAACGAGUCCUACGACAUUCGCGAAAAGCUCCUUGUAUACUACCGUGUUGAUCUCGGUCUGAACCACGUCGUCCGCGAGUGGGCUGAUGCUGUCGAUUACUCGGCCAACAAACUGUUCCCUGUACCUGGUGGCGCCGAUGGUCCCAGCGGUGUCGUCGUUUGUUCGCAAGGAAAGAUUACAUACAGACAUCCCAUGCAAGAGCCUCACACGCUAGUCAUUCCUCGUCGCAAGGGUGGUCUCGAGAAUCCUGAUCGCGAAAGGCGCAUUGUUGCUGGUGUCGUGCAUCGUUUCAAGGCUGGCUUCUUCCACUUGCUGCAGACCGAGGACGGUGACUUGUUCAAGCUUACCAUGGAUCUGGUCGAGGACGAUCAAGGUCGCAAGACCGGCGAAGUCGCAAGCAUUGAGCUUCGCUACUUUGACACUUUCCCUAUUGCUUCGACCAUGUGCAUCUUGAAGUCUGGUUAUCUCUUUGUCGCAGCCGAAAAUGGUGACAGCCACUUCUACCGCUUCCUUAACCUCGGCAUGAAUAUCGACCCUCUUACAGACAGUACCUCUGAGGAAAUCUCUUAUUUCUUCCCUCACGACUACGACAAUGUGGAUCAAUCAGCGACUGUUGGUAGUAUGCAUCCUCAGCGCAAGACUGUGGUGCAGGAUAUUACUGGCGGAGAUGAUUGGAAAAUCUAUACUACAGCUGGAACUGGUACUCGUAGCUCUUUCAAGACUGUCAGCCAUGGUCUGAGCGUCAGUGAACAGACUCGUGCAGAAUUGCCUGAUCAACCCAACAACCUCUGGGUAGUCUCGGAUGAUCGCUUCUCCGAGGCAGACAAGUACAUCGUACUCGGUUUCCGCGAUGCCACGCUCUUCCUGGAGGUUGGUGAGAACACUCACGAAGUCUCUGAUCAUGGACUGCAUAAGGAAGUCACUACUAUUCACAUGGGUCUUAUGGGCGAUACCGGUAUUCUGCAAGUCUGGGACAGAGGUUUCCGCUUCUAUACUGGUCCUGACAGCCCACAAGAAGACUGGAAGUGUCCUGCGCAUCGCACUAUCAUCAAAGCCACAAACAACCACCAACAGCUGUGUUUGGCGCUCAGCUCUGGCGAGCUCCUGUAUUUCGAGGUAUCACAAGACGGCAGAAGAAUCCAGGAGUAUGAGCAGGGUUCUGACGUCUUGACCGUAUCAGGCGUCGUUCAAGCCAUGAGCAUGGGUGACGUUCCUGAAGGCCGCGUAAGAGCUCCCUUCCUUGUCGUGGGAUGCGACGACUCAACCAUUCGUGUCUACUCUCUUGAUCCUGGUGGCGAGAUGCUCAAGUCUCAGUCCAUCCAGUCUCUCACAUCACCUCCUCGUUCGAUCGAGAUUCUACCAAUGGAAGACUCGACAGGCAUGACAACGUUCGUCCAUGUUGGUUUGUUUUCUGGUCUCUAUCUACGUGCUGUCCUGGACGAUAUCACUGGCGAACUCGGCGAUGUGCGAUCACGUUUCCUGGGUGCUGAAGAGGCCAAGCUUUACCCAGUCGCUAUUAACGACAGUCCUGCUGUGCUUGCUUGUGGCGCCAAGACCUUCCUGUCCUACCCUCAUCCCGAAACUAAAGAGUUGCUGCUCACACCUCUUGACUACCAUUCAUUCAACUGCGCAAGUAUGCUGAGAUCCAGAGUGGCUGGUCGCAAGGGACAAACCUCUGUCAGACAAUCGAUCGUCGCGUUACGCGGUGCUGAGAUCUUCGUCUUCAGCAUUGGAGACACCUCGAACAACAUCCUCACAAAAACCAUUCCUCUCAAACACACUCCUCGCGAUUUCUGUAGACAUCCAGACUAUCGCUACUUCUCCGUCAUCCAAUCUGAUCAAAACGUACUCAGUAAGCAGGCUAGGGAAGCACUACUUGCCGACCCAACGAGAUCAGAAGAAGAUAAGAAACAGAUGGGACCUAGCGAGCAGUUUGGCUGGCCGCGAGGACCUGGCUGGGCAUCGUGCAUUCAGGUUGUCGACCCAACAGCUGAGGAUGAGAAAGACGGGGUUGCAUACACGAUUGACCUCGACUCGAACGAAGCUGCGUUAUGUUGUGACAUGGUACCCUUUGAAAACCAAGAUGGCGAAACCUUCCUGCUUGUUGGUACCGGCAAAAACAUCCCAUCUGGAGCACCAACACCAAGCUCGCCUAAGUCGACUGGCUCAGUACAUGUGUACCGAGUGUUAGACCCUGGCAACGAGCUUGAGCUCAUCCACAAGACCGAUUUCGAUAAGCCAAUCCGCGCGCUCAUGCCCUUCCAAGGUCGUCUUGCGCUCGCCGUUGGGAACGAAGUCUUCCUCUACGAUCUUGGUAUGAAGGCUCUGUUGCGCAAGGCCCGUUGUCGUGUACCUGGCACUCAAAUCAUUGGUAUGAAGACACAAGGCUCACGUAUCGUUGUUGGAGACGUGCAAGAAUCCGUCUGCUAUGUUGUUUACAAUCACAAGGACAACAAACUCACACCAUUCGCCGACGACGUGAUUGCUCGAUGGACCACAUGCUUCACCAUGCUCGAUUAUGAUACUGUAGCUGGAGGAGACAAGUUCGGAAACAUCUGGGCUGUGCGUUGUCCCAAGGCCGCAUCAGAUGAGGCAGACGAGCCUGGUGCUGCAUCCUUCCUCGCUAACGAAAAAGCAUAUCUUGGUGGUACUCCUCAUCGUCUGGCGCUUCAAUUCCACAACUUUGUUCAAGACAUUCCCAUGUCUAUGCAAAAGACGACGCUGGUUCCUGGUGGUCAAGAGGUUAUCUUCUGGGCUGGUCUACAAGGCACUCUCGGUGUCUUUGUGCCAUUUGUGGACCGAGAAGACGUCGAUUUCUUCGGCAGCUUAGAACAACAUCUGCGCACCGAGGAUCCACCAAUCUGCGGACGUGACCAUCUGAUGUACAGAAGUUACUAUAUUCCCGUCAAGGGCUGCAUCGAUGGCGACUUUUGCGAAAGAUACUUCUUGCUGAGCAGAGACAAGAAGGAAAGAAUCGCUGGUGACUUGGAUCGCACAGUCAGAGAAGUGGAAAAGAAGAUCGGUGAGAUGAGGACGAGAGUAGCAUUCUAA